AUGCAGCGAUUCAGUUGCUUGGAAACAUCACAAACGAGAGAUUCAGCUGGGUUCCAGUGUUGCACUGAUUUUGGUAAAACUUCACUGGUCAAAAGCGUUUGGUGGAAUUCCACACGGAUCCCACUUUACCGCUCGCACUCAGAUGCUGCUACGGCCGAGAAGCCCAUUUCACGCAAGAUUGGCCAAGAAUUCCGGACGCAUGGCGGUCCGGCAUCAAGCCAAGAUCUGAUUGGUCGAAAGUCUGGACCCAACAGCCAAUCAUGA